AUGUCUAAGUCAGAGUCUCCUAAAGAGCCUGAACAGCUGCGGAAGCUUUUCAUCGGGGGGCUAAGCUUUGAAACAACUGAUGAAAGUCUGAGGAGCCAUUUUGAGCAAUGGGGAACGCUCACGGACUGUGUGGUUAUGAGAGAUCCAAACGCCAAAUGCUCCAGAGGCUUUGGGUUUGUCGCGUACUCUACUGUGGAGGAGGUGGAUGCAGCCAUGAAUGCAAGGCCACAUGAGGUGGAUGGAAGAGUUGUGGAACCAAAGAGGGCUGUCUCAAUAGAAGACUCUCAAAGACCAGGUGCCCACUUAACUGUGAAAAAGAUCUUUGUUGGUGGCAUUAAAGAAGACGCUGAAGAACAUCACCUAAGAGAUUAUUUUGAGCAGUGUGGGAAGAUUGAAGUAAUUGAAAUCAUGACUGACCGAGGCAGUGGCAAGAAGAGAGGCUUUGCUUUUGUAACCUUUGACGACCAUGACUCUGUGGAUAAGAUUGUCAUUCAGAAAUACCAUACUGUGAAUGGCCACAACUAUGAAGUAGGAAAAGCCCUGUCUAAGCAAGAGAUGGCCAGUGCUUCAUCCAGCCAAAGAGGUCGAAGUGGUUCUGGAAACUUCGGUGGUGGUCGCAGAGAUGGUUUUGGUGGGAAUGACAACUUUGGUGGAGGAGGAAACUUCAGUGGUCAUGGUGGCUUUGGUGGCAGCCGAGGUGGUGGUGGAUAUGGUGGCAGUGGGGAUGGCUAUAAUGGAUUUGGUAGUGAUGGAAGCAAUUUUGGAGGUGGCAGAAGCUACAAUGAUUUGGGCAGUUACAACAAUCAGUCUUCAAAUUUUGGACCCAUGAAGGGAGGAAACUUUGGAGGCAGAAGCUCUGGCCCUUAUGGUGGUGGAGGCCAAUACUUUGCCAAACCACGAAACCAAGGUGGCUAUGGCGGUUCCAGUAGCAGCAGUAGCCAGAGAAGUGACAGGGAAGCUACAGGUUACAACAGAUUUGUGAACUCAGCCAAGCACAGUGGUGGCAGGGCCUAG